GAAGACAGCGUGGGGGAUGUUCUUUAGCUCCGGGCUACUCCGGGCGCUGCUCUUGGAAAGGUUUAUCUUGAGUAAUUGGUUCGGCUAAUUGCAAAUUCUGCCGGCUGUGAAAUAUCAGUACGCUUUAUGUCGGCAUUAUAGUAGAUAUAGGUUUUCCAGACGAAGAUGGGUCAGCAUGUUUCAAGAACUGAUUUUGAAUGGGUUUACACCGAAGAACCGCACGCAUCACGUCGUAAAAUAAUUUUAGAAAAAUAUCCCCAAAUAAAAAAACUAUUUGGAUAUGAUCCAAAUUUCAAAUGGAUAGUUACAGGAAUGGUUUUAACUCAAUUCAUAUCUCUUCUUUUUAUCAAAGAUUUAAGCUAUCCAUUAUUAUUCCUCAUGGCAUAUUGUUUUGGAGGUAUAAUUAACCAUUCCCUUAUGCUAGCAAUACAUGAAAUAGCACAUAAUCUUGCUUUUGGACAUUCUAGACCAAUGGCCAAUAGAUUAUUUGGAUAUUUUGCUAACUUACCUAUAGGUAUACCAGUGUCUGUUAGUUUCAAAAAAUAUCAUCUUAUACACCAUCGUUAUCAAGGUGAUGAGAAAUUAGAUACUGAUUUACCAACUUUAUUAGAAGCAAAAUUAUUUUGUACAACAUUUGGAAAAUUUUGUUGGAUAUGUUUACAACCAUUUUUUUAUGCAUUUCGACCUCUUGUCGUUUAUCCUAUGCCACCCACAUUAUUAGAAUAUAUAAAUUUGAUUAUACAACUUACAUUUGAUGGAUUGUUAUGGUACUUUUUAGGUGGAAAAGUCUUAGUUUAUUUGCUUGCUGGGUCAGCAAUGGCUAUGGGGCUACAUCCUGUAGCUGGCCACUUUAUAUCAGAACAUUAUAUGUAUAAGAAAGGUUUCGAAACAUAUAGUUAUUAUGGUCCAUUAAAUUGGAUUACAUUUAAUGUUGGGUACCACAACGAACAUCAUGAUUUUCCUGCUGUACCUGGUUCAAGAUUACCAGAGGUAAAACGAAUAGCCCCUGAAUUCUAUGAUAAUUUACCACAACAUAAUUCAUGGGUUUCAGUCUUAUAUGAUUUUGUUGUGGAUCCUGAUAUAGGCCCAUAUGCAAGAAUAAAGCGAAAGCAUAAAGGACUUGCUUCAUAAAACUUAGAAAAUUUAAUUUUUUUGCUUUUGUAGAAAUAAUAUAAAUGUUUAGUAUCUGAUACUUAACAUUAUUGGUAUAUUGAAUACAUAGAAUAUUAUUAAUUUAUUUCAUUAUAUUCAGUAUGAAUCAAUAAAGUUAGUUUGUCUUUUGUCAAUAGUAAUAACAAAAACCAAGUUUGAAAUAUAAUAUACACAUUAUAUUAAUAUUUUUUGACAUUUAUAGUAUAUUAUAGUAAAGUAUAAUGGUUUAUGUACAAUUGUGUUUAUAAAAUUAUAUUCUAUGUACCUGCUAAAUUAUCAUAAUGGUUAAAGUGUAAAUGGAAGAUGCUAAAUUAGUAAAAAAAUGUCCCAUUCCACGAUGAUUAUAAAUAAUUUAAGUGUAAUGAAAUGUAAUAAAGAGAAAGUGAAUAUUUAGACAUAAUGAUA